AUAAGCACAAGGAACAGCACAAGCACCAACGUCAGCACCAGCACCAGCACCGACACCAGCACCAGCACAAGCACUGGCACAAGCUCCAGUACCAACAAAAGCACCAGCACUAGCACCGGAACCAGUACCAGCACCAGCAGCAGUAGAGGUACCAGCCCAAACGCUAGCACCGUGCUAAGGACCAGCAUUAGCACCAGCACCAACACAUACACACGCAUAAGAACCAGCAUCAGCACCAUAGUCAGCAGAAGCAGAAACAAAAGCACCAGCACCAGCACUUCAACCAGAACCAGCACCAGCACCACCACCACCACCAGCAACAGCACCAGCCUAAGCACCAGAACAGGCACAUGUGCCAGCACUAGCACAAGCAACAGCACAGGCAACAGCACAAGCGCUGGCACCGGCCCAAGAACCUGCACCAGCACUAGCGCCAGCACCAACACCAGCACCAGCACAAGCACCAGCACCAGCACCAGCACUACCACUACUACAAGAACCAGAACCAGCACAAACACCAACACCAGCAUCGGCAGAAAAACCGGCACAAGCACAGGCACCAGCUCCAGCACCAGCACCAACACUAGCACUAACACCAGCACUUUCACUAGUACAAAAACCAGCAGAAGCAUCGGCACAAGACACGGCAUUGGCACGAGCAACAGCACAAGCACCAGUACAAGCACCAACACCAGAACCAGCACCAGCCAAAGCACCAGCACAAGAACCAGGACAGGCACAAGCUCCAGCACCAGCACCAACACCAGCACUAGAACUAUCACCAGCACUAGAACUAUCACCAGCACCAGCACCAGCACCAGUACCAGUACUAGCACUAGUACAAGCACCAGUGUCAGCAUCAACACCAGCACAACCACCGGCACAAGCAGAUGCACCAGCACCAGCAUCAGCACCAUAGCCAGCAGAAGCAGAAAUAAAAGCACCAGCACCAGCACUUCAACCAGCAUCAGCACCAGCACCACCACCAGCAACAGCACCAGCCUAAGCACCAGAACAGGCAUAAGCGGCAGCACCAGCAGAAGAAACAGCACAGGCACCAGCACAAUUUCCGGGUCAAGAACAAGCACCAACACCAGAACACGCAUCAGUAGUAGCACUGGUACAAGCACCAGAACAAGCACCAGCACCUGUCCAAGCUCCAGCACAAGCACCAGUAUGAGAACUAGCACAAGAACCAGCAACACUACCAGCACCAGCGGCAUCCUCAGUUCAGGAACCAGAAGAGGCACUAGCACGAGCUCCAGCACCAGUACCACCUCCAGCACUAGCCCUAAGCACAAAGAUAGGCACAAGCGCCAGCACCAGCAACAACACCGGCAACAGCACAAGCAAUGGCACAGGCACCAGCACCAGCAUUAGCAAUAUCACCAACACUAGCACCAGAACCAGCACCAGCACCAGCUCCAAUACUAGUACAGGAACUAGAACAAGCACCAGCACCAGCACCAGCAC